AUGGAGCGGAGGGAGCGGAUCCGUCGAGGGUGCGUCUUGCUGGAAGAUGCGUUCAAAGGGCGAGGUAAGUAUGGACUGUUCUCCCUGCUAGAUGCCCCGGUCUGGAGACAGGCGGUUUUCCUUUUGUACUCGAACAAGUGGUGGGAGUAUGCAGUGCUCGUGGCCUGCUUCUGUCACUCUCUUACCAUCUUCUGGGAAUCACCUGGGCUGCAAGGGUUGUCUGACCCGUUUCCCCUCCUCACAGCCAACCAUCUUACUUCCUGGAACUUCCAACACCUCGACUCUCUCAUGGUCAUGAGAGUAGAGUUCGCCUGCAUCGUGAUAUACACCAUGGACAUCUCCAUGAAGAUCAUCUGGUCCUCUCACUGUGGUCUGAAGCCCGGGGAGAGGGGUUGGCAUUACAUUCACACACUGAUCGUCGUCCUGUUCAUUGUGCGACCGCUCGACUACUAUCUCUUCAUCAAUCAGAUCUGUGGACUCCGGUUUUCAAGGCCUUUCCGUCUCGUGUACAUCACAAGCAAGCUACCCGAAGUUCGCUUCCUCGCCUCUUUCCUCCCGGUCAUGUGCGUCAAGUUGGCCACAAGCUUCUCCGGCCCAUGGAUCGGCUUCCUUUCCAUCUUCGGUGCUAUCUGUGUCAGGCUCUACGGAGCUCUUCCAGAAGACCAACAGCUGGAUCUUGAAGGAGACAGCACCCUUGACAACUUUGACCCGGUCGUCGUUCAAGUCUUUAUCACUUUCGUUGGCUUCUACCUCAUGUCCAUGGAUACGAUGAAGCUCUUCGCACAACUGGAGAAUCUGAAGAGAGAGGAGGAGAGGGAGGGAAGCGAGGAGAGGUCCAGGGGGAAAAGAAAGAAUGUGCAGGCGCAGGCGCAGGCGCAGACGCAGGCGCAGGAUCAGGAGCAGAAGCAAGAGCACGAGCAAGAGCGGGGACAGGGGCAGGGGCUUGAGGUCGGAGACCUCUACGGCGAAGAGAGCGACAAAGAUCUCACGGCACAGAAGGAGGAGCGAGAUAAAACGAUUGAGGCGCAGGCGCGAGAGGUCGGCGAACUCAAACCUGCAAGGACGGUACUGGUGGAGGUUCAGCUGCUGCAGCCACUUCAGAACUUCCCUCCUUAUGGUCUUGAUCCCGAGGAGGCCUUCCAGCUGCUGGAUGUGAACAACGAGGGGAAGAUCGGCUGGAAGGAAUACGUUGACAUGAUGCACUAUCUGCGACCGUACGACUCCAACCCCCGGCACCUCAAGAUCAUCUUCACAAACGCAUGCAAGACUGAGAGCAACUUUAUCACUAUCAACGAUCUUCAAUAUCUUCAAUCCCUGCGGAGAGCAAAGUUUGUCAAGAGCGUCAGCAAAGUCGGGACGCGCAAAGUGGACUUCCUGGCAUGGGACGCCAUGAAUUUCAAGAUGAUCCUUGCGGACAGCAUCUUGUUGUGCUGCGGACUAGACUCUGUCGCACUCUUCCAAAGUCAGCUUGAGCUGGGCACUUGCAUGCUCGCUGCAAGUGUGCUGCAUCUUCAGUAUCUUGCGAUCGUCGAUUUCAAUUUCUUGAAGGAGGUUCUUGUAGAAGAGUGGAGGAUGAUUGAUUGCUUUGUCCUCGUCUUCUGUGCCCUAGCGCAGGCUCUAUACUGUGUCGCGAUAGCCGAAUCAUGGUCCGUCCCAUGGCCACAGCUGCUCAGUGCUGCUGCUGCUGUCCGAUCUUUGAGGGUCGCUCUCUACCAUGCUCCUUCCAGAAGGUAUCUCAUCGUUUUCUGCACUCAAGUUGGUCCUCUCCUCCUCGAUUUCGCUGCACUCGUCGCAAGCACAGUCUUCGCGUUCUGCUGCAUCGGCAUGGAGCUGCUGGCACAUCCAACCCACCAGUGCUCUCCUCCCGUGACCUCUGAGCUCAAUGUCACCUCCACCUCGGAAGAUCUCCCCAACUUCAACACCGCCAGCUCAGGCCUCUUUUCUACCUUUCUGCUCUUCGUGGAGGACUGGAACGGCCUCGUACACAUUGCCGACAAGUCGGGCUCCCCUGUCAAGAUUGCCUUCGUGUCUGGUGGGCAAGAGGCUUGGAGGAGAUGGAGGUGGCAGAUGUUGAAAAAGGGUCAGAAGGAACAGAGCGUGUACGAGAACGAGGACAAGGGGAAGGACAAGGACUUGAAAGAGUUGGUGGAGGCGGUAGCGCUGAAGAGAGUUCAGGUUGUUGAGUUCAUGCAAGUCUGGCAGGCAGAGGAUAUCAAGGCGAGGAAGAAGGCUCUACUCAACAAGUUCAAAGGGGCCGCGCACGUCAUCAUGGCCAAGAAUCGGCUCAGAAGGAUGAUGAGUUUCGGCAAGGGACAAAAGAAGCAAGAGCAGGCAGCCGCCGGUCCUCCUAAAUCCACCACCACCUCCCUCCCUUCCUCCUCCAUGCUGUCCUCCUCCAUGCUGUCCUCCUCCUCGCCGUCUACCCUCAGAGUCAUCCUCAUCCUCCUCAAUCCUCCCGUCCUCCCGUCCUCCCGUCCUCCCGUCCUCCCGUCCUCCCGUUCUCCCGUCCUCCUUGCUCUUUUCCCUCGACCAUCAUCUUCUUCAACAUCUCAAGUGCUGCCUUCUCCAGGCCCUCCGAAGCUCGAGAGGUUCGACACAUCACGGGAGAUGCUGCAGCAAGCUAGGGAGUUGGUCAGCGAGCAACUGGAGUACAUGGUGGUCCCAGUCGAUGGGAGCUGGAGGACGCGGCUGUGGCUGCACUCGAAGGAGGAGGAGGACUAG